ACGCGUCUUCUCUAUUUAUUUCUAUUGCACGGACAAUUUUUACGCACCGGUCAAGACUUGAGCUUCUAAGAUAGCGUAAUGACGCAAACGGACCUCAGGAAAUAUCCAGCUCAAACUAAAACCUGCCUAUAGUUUCAUUCAAGAUGGUUUUAGAAACGAUUUCAAGGAUCAUAAAAAUCCAGCUUCCAGCCUACCUCAAGAAGCUCCCCCUUCCCGAAACGAUUGGAGGAUUUGCGAGGUUAACAGUCUCUGACUGGCUCCGGUUGCUGCCUCUCCUGGGAAUCUUGGCCCUGCUGGGCUACCUCACCAUCAGGCCCUUCCUGCCCAAGAAGAAGAAGCAGAAGGACAGCCUGAUCAACCUGAAGAUCCAGAAGGAGAACCCCAAAGUGGUCAACGAGAUCGAUAUUGAGGACUUGAAGAGAACAAACGUCUGCUACUGCCGCUGUUGGCGCUCCAAAACGUUUCCUGUUUGUGACAAAUCACACAUAAAGCACAACGAGUUGACUGGAGACAACGUGGGGCCUCUCAUACUCAAGAAGAAGAUAUUAUAAUCCAUCUUUAACACUGUAAGGGAGUCGUCGUCUUUAUUCCCUUCUGUCGUUAGUUACUUUAGUUACUUUAGUUACUUUAAAAAUCUAUGUAUUUUUUUUGUCUGUAUUUUAGGGCAUGGCCUUUUGCACUCUGCCAAUUUGUAUUUUUUGGGGGUAAAAAAAAAUGUGGCGCAUACUUUGCUUUUGGUAAUGAUAUGCUGGAGAAAUGUUGGUGACGCCUUAACUCCUCAAAGAUUUUUACCAUCAACACUUUUGUGAAUCCUAUUUAUUUGAACUUGCCAAUAAUGGGCAAUAACUGAGAAGGUUUGAAAGGUUUUAUGUUAUCCCCACUCCUAUGUUAUCCCCACUCCCUCUUAUUGUCUCCUGACAAGUUUUUGUACAGUGGCCAUUUUCCAGUCCGGCUAUCUCUCACUCUCUCGUUAGAAACAACAGUUAACCUUGGUCUCCUUGGUAGCGCCGCUCGGUUCCAAACUAUUGGGACCACAUUGAGGGGAAUUUGAACUUCAAUCACGAUUGCAAUUAAGGCUAGCAACUUGCUAUUUCGGGUAGUAGUAUAUUUUGUUAGGUUGAAAGAAACUUUACUGUCCGAACUACUGUAAGCUUGAAGUCUUUCACUUGCAUACAAAAACACUUACAGGAUUUCCCCCUGCCAUUUCUCUUUGUUCAUAACCUUAUAAAACAUGCCUUAAUUCUGUGUUCAUACUAUACUGUGUCCUCAUAUUCAAAACUGAAGAUCUUAAGACAUUUCAGAACAUCUUAAUUUCACUAAACUCCUCCCCUCAAGAAACAAUGAACCCUUGUUUUUCUACACCAAAAUAUUUAAGUAAUUCAUUUUUUUGCCUUUACAGUAUCAAACAUGUCAGUUGUCCAAUUUCCUUUGCAUUCAGACAAUGUCAUGCAAAUAUUUCCUAGUUCAUUCAACAUAAGAUUUGAAGAAGGGAUCUGCUCCUUUGGUUACUGAUCCUUACGUUAAUGACCAAUUACAGUACAUAGAUCUGUAUUUUUCAUGUUUUACUGGAAUUUAGGCAAACUGUGCCCGCCUGCAUACUUUUGUAAAAUAAAAGAAAAUUGACCUGUUA